GCUUUUUUACUGAGACAUUUGGAUUGUGUCUCUUUUUUUUCUCGGUUUGUUUGUGGUCAAGAUGUCGCCGUAAUGGGGUCUCCGCGUUUGACAGAAAUGAAUAAGGGCCUUGGUCGCCUGACCCGCGUUUUCAACAGUCCGUUUUUUGUCACGUUUAAUGCUAGAGAGCACCGCGGCUCUCUCCCCGGAAUUCGGCCUCAACAUGGAGAAAAAUCCAAAUGCGAACAACAGCAGCAACACGAAGAUCCCGCCCCGUUCUGGUUCAACAGGCCCGACUCCUACAGACUCUAAAACCAAAACAGAUAGUAAGAAUAAUGGGGGCUCAAAGCGCUACAACCGCAAGCGUGAGCCCGCUUUUCCCAAAGCUGAGAGUUUUCCGGGCCCACGGCGCUCCCAGCCGCAUAAAAGCAAGAAUUUUGACAAGAGACCCCCUCAGAGAGGUGGCGGUGGGGGCCGACAGUAUGGACUCGCUGGUGGUGGGAGAAGAGAAGAGGUAGCAGAAAACCACCGGGCAGAGUUUAGCCCGGCUCAGUUUGCUGGACCCAAAAAGAUAAGUCUGAACCACCUGCUCAACUUCACGUUUGAGCCACGUGGAGGCCAUUUUGGCUCUGGAGGAGAUGGCCAUUCCUGCUGGGGUCGCCGCAAUAAGUGGGGUCACAAACACAAGCCCUUCAAUAAGGAGCUUUUCCUACAGGCCAAUUGCCAGUUUGUGGUGAUUGAAGAUCAGGACUAUCAAGCCCACUUCACUGAUCCUGACAGUCUGGUGGACUGGGACCAUGUGCAACAAGUGCGCAUCUACAGCCAUGAGGUCCCAUCGUGUCCGAUCUGCCUGUAUCCCCCUGUGGCGGCCCACAUGACGCGUUGUGGCCACAUCUACUGUUGGCCGUGUAUGCUGCACUACCUCUCUCUGAGUGAGAAGAGUUGGUCAAAGUGCCCCAUUUGCUAUGAGGCCGUGCACAGCACUGACCUAAAGAGUGUGGUUGCCAUGGAGACCCAUCAGUACGUGACUGGUGAUGUCAUCACCAUGCGUCUGAUGCGGAGAGAGAAAGGAUCACUGGUGGCUCUUCCUAGCUCUCAGUGGGUUAAAGUGGAGGAGCCUAUUCGUUUUGGAGAUGUGCAUUUGAGCUCAUACUCGAAGCUCCUGUUGGCAUCUCAGGAGCAGGUUUUGGGAUUGCUGGAUGAAGAGAAGUUGGCUCUCCAAUCCCAGCUCAGCCAGGAGAAAGAGGACCCAGAGGCUUGCUUCAUACAGAGCGCAUUACUGCAGCUACAGGAACGAGAGGAAGGGCUGCUAAAAUUUCUGUGUAAGGAUGAUGCCUCUGUUGAUACAGCAGACAUGAGGAAGUUGUCUCUUUCUGAGAACUUCUCUCCAGAUGUGAUCGAGAUCAAGAAUCUCCCAAACCUCAAGCCCGUCCUUCAGUAUGCCUCAGCAUUUGAUGAUGAGAUACAGGAGGUUCAUGAGCAGUUUGAAGAGAUUCCUGCUGAAAAUGUUCCUGAGGUGGCUCAAGAGAUGCCUUCAGGACCUGUUGAGGAUAAAUCUCUGGAAGAGACCUCUCAGACUGGUCAAAAUGAAGCAGCCCCACCUCAGAACUCUCAUCAUGGCCCGUAUUACUACUUUUAUCAAGCUGAGGAUGGUCAGCAGAUGUUCCUGCACCCAGUGAAUGUACGCUGUCUGCUGAGGGAGUAUGGAAGUCUGGAGAACAGCCCGCAGUCCAUCACCGCUACCGUAGUAGAGCUUGAUGGACAGACUGUCACUGAGGAUAUUCGUCGCCGACACCGUUACCUCUCUCACCUGCCCCUCACGUGUGAAUUCAGCCUCUGUGAACUCAACCUUCAGCCACCGAUUGUCUCCAAAGAGACCCUUGACAGCUUUUCAGAUGACUUGGAGAAACGCAAGCGUCUGAGGCAGAAGAAAGCAAGGGAUGAGAAAAGAAGGGAGAAGAGGAUUGAGAUAGAGGAGAAUAGGAAACAGGGGAAAUAUCCAGAGGUGCACAUUGGCCUUGAGAAUCUCCAGCAUUUUCCUGCUUUUGGAUCUCCUCCUGAGUACAGCCCACAAGUGCACCCCCCAGAGUUCAUGUUGGGACCGCCCUCUCCUUUGAGCAGCAGCCCUUGCUCAGAUGGAGUGAUGUUUCCCAAUCUGAGUGAGCACAGUCCCACUGUGAGUGUAGCUACUAGCGUGGAGGAAGAUUAUCACUGCAUGUCCUUUGCUCAGAUGCUGAAAGAUGGGAAAGCCCGUGUGGAUGCAGGACCUAAAACUGCACCAAAGAAAGCGUGUACAGAUAUGUUUCUGGCACCUCCGGUGGGAGACAGUGAUGGAGAAAGUGACACCUCUGAUCGAGUCCCAGUACCCAGUUUCCAGAACUCUUUCAGCCAGGCCUUUGAGGCAGCUUUGUCUCAGCUGGACCAUACAAGUCAAACUCCAGCACCUACUUUCUCUAGCCCCGAGGAGAAGGGGGGAAAGAAAAAGAAGAAAAAGCAGAAACUUCUUUUCAGCACCUCUAUGGUUCACACAAAGUAAACAGCACUGAAGCAAAUCCUUCACUCCCGUCCCUGCCUUAUUUCUGCCCGCAAUCACCUGCUUCUUACUAUUUAUUGUGUUUCUCCAUAGCAGCUUCUUAUUCAUCUUCUCCAGAGGUUCAGUGACCUGCAGGAAGUUAGUGUAAUUCAAGAGCAUCAGCAGCAGCAUUAAAAUGUUUUCAAUAAAGACAGUAUUAAAAAUCAGUCACAACAGUUGAUGCUUAACGUCUCGUACGGAAGGGAUGUUUAUGCUUUUAACCAGAUCAGACUCAUGUCACUAAAUAAUAAACAUUUAAAAGACAUUUAGUAAUAUAUGACAUGAUACUUGGUGCCCAAAUUUCAUCAUUGCUAACGUGUUUGCAUGCUUGUCGAUCAUGGGUUGCAGUGACGUUUUUGGGGGUCUUGAGGUGUAGCAGUCAGCCAGCUGCAGA